GCUAGGCCGAGCAGAACAGCGCUGCGAAGCUGAGGCCCCUCGGACCCGCCGGGGACGAGCCGCCCUCCGCCGCCGCCGCCGCUGCAGCCAGCCCUCUGAUCGCCUGCCUGCCUCUGCCGCGGGCUCCUUCUCCAUCGCCGUUUGCCAGCCGCAGCACCGUCCAGAACAGCUAAGUGCUCAAUUUGGGACUUCGUUCGGGUUGGGAGUCCGAGCGGGAGCGAGGCGCGGGCAGUCGGUACGCGCUAGCGCGCCAUCUCCUGCGGCAACCGCCACUGCUGCAGACACCCCUCCUGGGCGGGAGAGACUCUCUCGAGAGGCCCACGCGCCGUCCCAGCACCCGACACUACACUUCCAGCGUUUUCUACCGAGCCUUGGCUGAGAUCCUUGUGCUUGGUGCAGGCAGGACUGAUCGGGACUUGAGAGAUCACACGCAAACAGAUCUCCUAUUGCACGGGGCUGCUUUUUUGUCUCGGUCUCAUCGGGCAAGUGGCAGGCUUCGCCAGAGCGUCCUGAAACCCCGAGCCAUGUCGCCCCCAACUGUGCCUCCGAUGGGUGUAGAUGGUGUGUCCGCAUACCUGAUGAAGAAGAGGCACACCCACAGGAAGCAGCGGCGAAAGCCCACUUUCCUUACCCGCAGGAACAUCGUGGGCUGCCGCAUUCAACACGGCUGGAAGGAAGGCAACGAGCCGGUGGAGCAGUGGAAGGGCACCGUGCUCGAGCAGGUUUCCGUGAAGCCCACGCUCUACAUCAUCAAGUAUGAUGGCAAGGAUAGCGUGUACGGGCUGGAACUGCACCGAGAUAAGAGAGUUUUAGCGCUCGAGAUCCUUCCCGAGAGAGUGCCAACUCCUCGCAUCGAUUCCCGCCUCGCAGAUUCCCUGAUUGGCAAGGCAGUGGGGCAUGUGUUUGAGGGCGAGCACGGUCGCAAAGAUGAAUGGAAGGGCAUGGUGCUGGCGCGAGCCCCCGUGAUGGACACUUGGUUUUACAUCACCUACGAGAAAGAUCCUGUGCUUUACAUGUACACGCUCCUGGAUGACUACAAAGAUGGUGACCUGCGCAUCAUUCCAGAUUCCAACUACUACUUCCCUACAGCAGAACGGGAGCCUGGAGAAGUGGUCGACAGCCUCGUGGGCAAGCAGGUGGAACACGCCAAAGAUGAUGGGUCCAAGAGAACCGGCAUCUUCAUCCAUCAAGUGGUGGCCAAGCCGUCCGUCUACUUCAUUAAGUUUGAUGAUGAUAUUCACAUUUAUGUGUAUGGUUUGGUGAAAACUCCCUAAAUUCAUGCUGUGUUCUUUGCAAAAUUUGUGGAACUAUUAAAUGUAAAGUAUGUCGUGUUUUUUGUAAUCGUGAACUUUUGAGAACAGUUUUGGUGUCAGAGAUUCAGGAAUUUAAUAUCACUCAUUACUUAUUGUGCCUCCAGAUCUUACAUUGACUAGUUCCACAGUUUUGCCCAAGUGUACUUUGGUACCUAUGACAUUGCCUUGUUAUGUAAUUGAAAAAUAUAAAUUGGGUACUAGUAGAAAACUGAAAAGUGUUCAAUACCUUUGGAACAAUGAAAGACUAGAUAAACAAGAUUGAACGGUAUAACCCCACACCAUAUCCUCCCCCCCCUUUCCCUGACCUUCCCUCUUUCUUCUCCACAAAUAACAAGUGUUAAGAACAUGGUGUAUACCCUACAUUUUUCCCAACCUCUUACAAAAAGUUUGUUGCAGUUGUUUCUGUAAAAAUGACAAGCCACAUCAUUUCUCUAUAAUUGCUUUCCUUACUUUACAUAUCCAUGAAACCCCUUCCGAUCUAUAGUUCCAGAUCUCCUUCUCCCUUUUUCUCACCUUCUUUCCCUCUCCUCCUCUCCCUCUGGAAUUUAUUUUUAUAUAUAGUAUUAAGAUACAGGUUCAGUUAUACAUUUUCUUCACAUUACAUACCUGAUCACGUCAUAGCAUUUAUUUAAAUACAGCACCCAUUUCCCUCUCGCUCUGGAAUUUAUUUUUGUAUAUGGUAUAAGACAGAUCUAACUAUACAUUUUGUUCACAUUGGAUACCUGAUUGUGCCAUCCAUUUAUUAAAUGAAUCACCCAUUUUCUCUCCUCCCUCCAUCUUUUCCUCCCUCCAACAGCUGCAUACACAGUACAUAUUUAUGUACCAAAACGGUAUUGAACCAGUCUGUUAUUAAUGGUCAUUUGUUAUUUCCUUUCUGUGUUUCCCCAUAACACUACUCAAUCCAUACUGGUGCUUUUUAUUUCUAUAGGUUAGAUUCCUAGAAAUGGGAUUGUUGUGUAGGCUUAUUUUAAUUUUGAAAGCUGUUACAAAAUUGCCAUCCCAAAUGAAAGUUCUCAUUUUCCAGCAUUCUCUCCAGCACUCUGUAAUGUUUGCAAAUCUGAAAGGCAAAAAAAUUUGUUGUAUUGUUUCUUUAAUUGGCAAACUCAGUGAGGUUUUUUUAUUUGUUUGUUUUUAGGGGGGAUGUUUGUUUUGCUUUUUGGACUUUUCUCUUUUAUGACUUGCCAGUAUUUCUUCUCCUAUGUUCUAUUAUCUAUUGAAUCAUUGAUUUUUUCCUUUAUAAAUUUGUAAGAAUGCUCACUAUAUUUGCUAUAUAAUGAAUAUUAAUCAUUUGUAGCCCAUAUAUAUUAUGAUUUUUUCCAGCCUAUCAUUAAUCUUGACUUUACUAAUGUAUCUUUUAAUUUUUUAAAAUUUUUUAGGUAGACUACUUUCCUCUUUUUGGGUUUUUGGUUUUCUGUCUUUUUCAGAUGAAUGCCCCAACCCCAAGUCAUUUUUUUUUUCUAAAAAGUCGAGGUUUUGCUGUUUGAUCCAACUGGAAUUUCUUUUGUAUAUGAUAUUAAAUAGAUCUCCAACUAUACACUUUGUUUAUAUUGGCUACCUGAUGCUAUCACAUUUAUUAUAUCAACCAUCCAUUUUAAAGUUUCUGAGCCAGUUCACAUUAUUUUAACUAUAGUGGCUUAACCUUAAAUUUUGGACUCUGGUAAAGCAAGUUACCUCUCAUUUGAUUUUUUUUCUUCUUUUAUACAACUUGUCCUAGAUAUUCAUUCUUUCAUAUGAAGAUUAAAGGCUUUCUUUUCACAUUAAAAAAUUGAAUUACAUUUUCAUAUGUAUUUAGAGGAUUAUGUUAGUAAUAUUAAUACUUUCAAGAGUUUGAGUACAUCAUUAAAAUCUUUUGUUUUUGCUUUUAGAAUGUUCUUCAUCUAGGUACAUCAUAUCAGAUUGCAUUUAUUUCUAAGUAGUUUUACAGUUUUUGUCAUAUUUUGACAUUUUGAAUGGUAUAUUUUCUCCUGUUCAUUUGUAAUUUGUUAUUCUGGCCAAUAGAGACAGACUAUGGAAUUAAAAAAAAAAUUACUUUCAUUUAAUCAGCUCACUAAAUCCUAUAAAUUACACUGGGUUUUUUAAAUAAAAUAUUUUUUACUUUCUACAUAUACAAUCAUUUCUCCUGCAAUUAGAGAUAAUUCUGAGAUAAUUUUAUGUUGUUUGUAUUGAUUAUUAUUACAUUAGCUGGAUUCUCCAAAGCAAUGUUGAAUGGUGAUUAUGGCAGGCAUGUCCAUCCGGUUCUUAGCAUUCCCUAUUAAUUAGCACAACAUUUGCUUUUGGCUGUUGGUAGUCAUUAACUACUAACAUGUUUAGGGAGUUUCUUUUAUUCCUGUUUUAUGUAGCAUUACUACUAAAAGUGGCUCACGAAUUUUAUCAAAUGACUCUUCAGCAUCUAUUGAUAAAAUUACAUGGGUUUUCCUCUUAAUUUGUUGACAUAAUGAGUUACAGUGGUAGGAAUUUGAUAGUGAACCAAACUUGUAUUUCUGGAAUAAAUCCUACUUGGUCAUGGUGUCAUAAUCAUAUGGUAUAUUGCUGGAUUUUAUUUGCCAUCAUUUUAUUUAGAAUUUUUGCAUCUGUAUUUCAAAGCAAAAUUGUAUUUUCUUUCUUGCACUGUCUCUAUCAAGAUUUUAAAUUAAAAUUGUGUUAGCUUAGAAGAUUAAUUGGUGAGUUUUCAAUAUUUACCUGUAGUCUGGAAUAUUUUAAAUAGCAUUAGAAUUAUUUGUUGUUUAAAAGUUAGCUAGUAUUAAGUUGUACAACAGUCUAAUAAUCCCAGUGACACUUUUGAUGGUAGAUCUUUAAUCAGCUUUCUUAUCUCUUCAAUGAUAAUUGGUUUAUUCAAGCUUUUUAUUAAAAUAGAAUAUAUAUUCGCUGUGAAAUACAAAGUUUAAAGUUUUAUCUAUUAUCAUGCUUCUCAAUUGUUUUAUUCAGAUGCUUUAUGUACUUGUGUGUUGCAUAUGCAUAUGUCCUAGAUCUGUUCAAUUCUGAAAACAUUAAUAAAGUCAUAAGCUAUAA